AUGAAGGAGACUGCCGAGAACUACCUCAGCAAGCCCAUCAAGAACGCUGUCGUUACCGUCCCCGCCUACUUCAACGACUCCCAGCGUCAGGCUACCAAGGACGCCGGUCAGAUCGCUGGUCUGAACGUCCUCCGUGUCGUUAACGAGCCUACUGCCGCCGCCCUUGCCUACGGUCUGGAGAAGGAGGCCGACCGUGUUGUCGCUGUCUACGAUCUUGGUGGUGGUACCUUCGAUAUCUCCGUCCUGGAGAUCCAGAAGGGUGUGUUCGAGGUCAAGUCUACCAACGGUGACACCCACCUUGGUGGUGAGGACUUCGAUAUCAGCCUUGUCCGCCACAUCGUCCAGCAGUUCAAGAAGGAGUCCGGCCUUGACCUCUCUGGCGACCGUAUGGCCAUCCAGCGUAUCCGUGAGGCUGCCGAGAAGGCCAAGAUCGAGUUGUCCUCUUCCCUCCAGACUGAGAUCAACCUGCCCUUCAUCACUGCUGAUGCCAGCGGUGCCAAGCACAUCAACCACAAGAUGACCCGUGCCAACCUCGAGUCCCUGGUUGACCCUCUGAUCAGCCGCACCGUCGAGCCCGUCCGCAAGGCCCUGAAGGAUGCCAACCUCCAGUCCAACGAGAUCCAGGACAUCAUCCUGGUCGGUGGUAUGACCCGUAUGCCCAAGGUCACCGAGUCCGUCAAGUCCAUGUUCGGCCGUGAACCCGCCAAGUCCGUCAACCCCGACGAGGCUGUUGCCAUCGGUGCCGCUAUCCAGGGUGCCGUCCUGGCCGGUGAGGUUACCGACGUUCUGCUGCUUGACGUCACCCCCCUCUCUCUCGGUAUCGAGACCCUGGGUGGUGUCUUCACCCGUCUGAUCAACCGUAACACCACCAUCCCCACCAAGAAGUCCCAGGUCUUCUCCACCGCUGCCGACUUCCAGACUGCUGUCGAGAUCAAGGUCUUCCAGGGUGAGCGUGAGCUUGUCAAGGACAACAAGCUGCUCGGAAACUUCCAGCUUGUUGGCAUCCCCCCUGCCCACCGUGGUGUUCCCCAGGUCGAGGUUACCUUUGACAUUGACGCCGACUCCAUCGUCCACGUCCACGCCAAGGACAAGUCCACCAACAAGGACCAGUCCAUCACCAUCGCUUCCGGCUCCGGUCUCUCCGACGCUGAGAUCCAGUCCAUGGUUGACGAUGCCGAGAAGUACGGUGCUCAGGACAAGGAGCGCAAGUCUGCCAUCGAGGCUGCCAACCGCGCCGACUCCGUCGUGAACGACACCGAGAAGGCCCUCAAGGAGUUCGAGGACCGUCUCGACAAGGCUGAGGCUGAGCAGAUCCGUGAGAAGAUUGCCAGCCUCCGUGAGUUCGUUGCCCAGAACCAGUCCGGUGAGGGUACCGCCACCGCCGACGACUUCAAGCAGAAGACCGACGAGCUCCAGAACGCCAGCUUGACCCUCUUCGACAAGAUGCACAAGGCUCAGUCCGAGCAGCAGCAGCAGUCCCAGGGCGGCGAAGCCGGCCAGCAGGGCGAGAACAAGGCCUAA